AUGAUUCCAGUAUCACCGGAGGUGAAAUGUUACACCAGGUUUGAUGGGGAUUCGGGAAAUUGUGACGAUCUCUGGCUACUAGGAGAAGUGACAAUGGAUGACUGUUGUCUUAACCCUCACUACGGAUACAUUGGAUCAGAUGGAAAAUGCAAGUCUUGUGGGUGAGUACAGAAUAAUACGAAAUGCUCUGAGACCAGGCUGGUGUCAAUGAGUUUCAGAUUUGAACAUCCAACGUCCCAGUGCAGGAUGUGAUUUGUUGUGUUUUAUGACACCUGUAGGCCACCUUCAUGGUCUGAAUGGACUGCUUGGGGCCGCUGCUCUGUCCCCUGUGAGGAGGGAGUUUCGCAGAGACGACGAGAAUGCCAGGGACAGGGAAAAUGUGCUCAGACGACUAGCCCAAGAGAGAUUCAGAAACUCACGUUAGAGACCAAAGUCUGCAUUGAUUCAAACUGUUGUCCAGGUACAUACCCUCUCUAACAGACAGUCAAUGUAUUUUGUGCCUCUUUUGAUGAUCUUGCCCAACAUUUUUCAGAACAAGGCCAAUGGAGUAAGUGGGGUCAGUGGCAGCCCUGCUCAGUGACUUGUGAUAAGGGCGUAAGAAACAGAGUGAGGACAUGCACCGAACCACAACCUAGAUGUGGAGGCAGCUGUGACGGUCCAAGUGAAGAGUUGGAACCCUGCGUGGUUGAUCGCGUCUGUCCAAGUAAAGACCAUCAUGAUUUAGACAAUACACUCUAUUCCUUCACGUGCAAUAACCAUCACCAUACAUGAUACAAGUUUGGCAUGUCUUUUCACUGGAGUAAGUCCGCUCUCCUCCUCUUUUGAUUGUAGCUCAUGGUGGUUGGUCGAACUGGGAGAACUGGCAGCCAUGCUCAGGCACUUGUGUGGGGGAGAAUUUACCCAGACCUACACAGCAGCGCAACAGAGCAUGCAACAAACCACCACCGUCCUCAGUGCCCCCUGGUGAUGAAUGCCCUGGGUUAGGGAGCAACACUAGGACCUGUGAUGAGCUUCCUUUCUGUCCUGGUAAGUGGCAUGGCAAAGCAAUCCUAUUUUCCUCUGAGGUUCUGACUGAUAACCUAAAGUUGUUGUACUCAUAUUGUAUGUAA